CCCCUCAAAGCUAGCCUGCGGGGCGGGAGACGCAAAGCCCCUUAUCCGGAAGUGACGUCAGGCCUCGUAGGUUGUUGCUGCGCAGUAUCCCCAAAGAAAGGAAAAAUCCCGACACAGAUCGUGAGGAGCCCGCGGAGAGCUGAGGAGACUGCAGGAGCCUGCAAGAACAGAACCGAAACGUGGAUAAAAAAACGGGGACAGACGGCCGUGUGAAAGCACCCCUACCAAGACCCAAAUCUGUAAACUGAUUUCUGGAAACUCCCGACUGUUCCACUUCAAGUUGACAAUUUCCCAAGCCUCAUAAGUGUCUACAACCAUGAACCCAGUUUAUAGCCCUGGUUCUUCAGGGGUUCCUUAUGCAAACGCUAAAGGUAUUGGCUACACUGCAGGCUUUCCAAUGGGAUAUGCUGCUGCUGCUCCUGCCUAUUCCCCUAAUAUGUACGCUGGUGCAAAUCCUGCCUUCCCAUCAGAGGUAGAACAACCAUCAUAUGCGAGUUCCGGUGUGCAAAUGUACAUGUUCGGGCACACGUUCUCUGCUGCGAGAAACGGUGCAUUAAAUUCAGGUUAUACGCCAGGUACACCAUACAAAGUGUCAUGUUCUCCCACCAGUGGGACUGUUCCACCUUAUUCUUCUUCCCCUAACCCCUACCAGACUGCAGUAUACCCUGUAAGAAGUGCCUACCCCCAGCAAAAUCCAUAUGCACAGGUAAAGCAGGGAGCCUACUAUACUCAGCCCCUUUACGCAGCCCCUCCACAUGUCAUCCAUCACACUACAGUUGUGCAGCCCAAUGGAAUGCCAGCAGCAAUGUACCCCGCACCAAUCCCGCCUCCUAGAGGCAGUGGUGUAGCUAUGGGGAUGGUAGCUGGGACCACAAUGGCAAUGUCAGCAGGUACAUUGUUGACCACCCAUUCUCCAACCCAAGUAGCUCCUCACCAAGUUACAAUGCCUGCAUAUCGGCCUCCAGGGACCCCAACUUAUAGUUAUGUCCCCACUCAAUGGUGAUUAGCUUACCAGUGUUAAAAGAUGGAAGAUAUGCAAAGCAAGUAAGAUGCUUAUUAGAUGGUGCUGAAGUGUUUUACCUCCAGCGAGAAGUUUCUUCCUUCUGAAUUCUCUCAACACUUUGCCUAACACUAAUUCAGGAUCUGAAGAUUUCCAUUAUUGCAUAUCUUAACAUCUUGGGACUCUAGUGGUUGUCUUUAAUAUGAAAUCCUGUUUUGUGGACAGUCUUGCAAUUUUUUUUUAGCUAAUUCUAAUGAUAAAAAGGGAGUAUAAAGUUGUUUCAAUGAUCCAUAUCUAGUUGAAUGCAUGUUUUAAACACAAAAUGAUGCUUGCUCAGUUUAUUGCAGUGACAUAUGCAAACUAAAAAAAAAAAAUGGAGACAUCAUAUGGAAAAUCCAAAGGAGUCAAAAAGAAAUUUUCGAGGCUUUUUGCUCAUAGUAAGGCCUUAGAAACUUGAGGCAAGACUACUCACCCCAGUGUGUUCUUUGAGUGUUGCUCUACCAUUUUUUUGAAGGUUGUUGCUAGUAAAAUGGUGCCAUGUGAUCUGCGACAUCAUAUGAAGUAAAUAGUGCAUUUCAGAUUAUACCCAAUUUUUUACUAGGAAUAAGUUUUUUUUUUUUUAAUAAUUUUUUUCAUUCCUCUUAAGUUUGUUUUUCUUCAUUAUGUUAAAUAGGAAUAGCUGAUUCAGGUGAUGUGUGCAUGGCUGUGACUAAGGAAGAUUACUCAGCACAUAGAAUACAGGUUAGAACUUACAACACUAUCAGUAUAUCUCCUUCUUGGGUACAGAUCUCGCCAUGUAGAAGGUGGCUGCCUCCAAGUAUUUGCUCUGCACUUGUUGCAGGUUAGAGGAUUGACACUUCAGGUAUUCCACAGAAAUGUAAGGGUUCGGCUUUUUUUUAUGCUCCUGAUAUUUGACUUGAUGGAAGUUUAGAGAGAAAACAAACAAAUCCUAUGCAUCACAAAAUGUGAGGAAAAAAUGGAGAUAAUAGUUCUUAACUCCAACAAUACAGCGACCACACUGUUUCUUAUCAUUUUUUUUAUUUGCUUUUUUGUAUUUUUUUUAUACAUUUUUUUUUAUUAUUGCUCACUUUGUGCAGAGGUUUUGUGACAUUCCACAAUAAAACAAUAUGAUAAACAUUCUCUUCUCCAAUGUAUAUACAUGUUCCAAAAUGAAAGGGUUUUUGGUUUUUGUUUAGAAGAUGAUAAACAAUAAAAUGUCUUGUUACAUAAACCCGCUAAAUGACUGAUAAUUCUCAUGGUUGUCUCUAGGCUGGUGUCAAUCUACCAAUUAAGCAAAUUUCUGCUAAACACAUUUAAGCUAUCAAUGUGUGAACGGUAUUAGCGCCCCGCUCGGAUCAGUUGUGCAAAAUUUUAUUAAAAUUGGAGUAAUCAGUCCAGUUACUUUUUCUUUGCAACAGCUUUAAUAAAUCCCCCUUUGUAGCAUGCAAAAGAAACGGCUCACCGGCACUACUAAUAACGUAAGUGCUAUGAGAAGUAGGCAAGACUCCCUAGUUGGGGCACACACUGCUGCAGCGGCAAUACAACUGUCCCAAAAUAGAUGGUGCUCAGUGCAGGAGAUGAAAGGGUCCAGAUAUGUAUACACGAAGAGACAAGAUGGCACUCGCCAAAAAAACGUGGGGUACUUUAUUCUUCAAUUGUAAGAGUAAAACAGCAGGUCAGGGAUGCAGCGGGAGACGCCAAGGGACGACCAUUUCGUGGGUGAUGACUCACUUCCUCUACACGCACAAAACUGUCGUCCUGUACCCCACGUUUUUCCGGUGAGUGCUGUCUUGUCUCUUCGUGUAUACAAAUCCCCUUUGGGUCUGUGUAGUCACUUUCUAGAUCAAAGCAAUGUGGCAACUGUGGUCAGUAUUUAUAGCCAAAACCAGGAUUGGAAGGCCGGAUUCAAACGGCAGAUUUUGUUUCAGAAUAUCCACAUGGAAAACACAUGCAGACAUUCCACACAUUUGCCCGAUCCGGCAGGCACUAGGACCACUUGGGAAUGUGCCGUCUCAUAAACUUAAAUGCAUUUCCGAUUGAAAUCCACAAAAAGAAUACACGUCUGUUCUUUUUGUCGAUAUCGGGAUUUCCGUGGCAGAAAAAUCUGGUGCUGAAAUUCUGUGAGCAAAAUUUGGAGCCACAAAUCAUGACCAAAAUAUUUAAUGUAAACUUGACCUCAGUCUAUGUGCAUACAGUGUUUUGGGCCUUAUUUUUGACAGAAAAACUUUAAUGGAAAGACUUGCACCUUUUCCUGUGGUUUGGACCCACUUCUGGUUCUGGUAAUAAUACUGACCAAAAUAAGGCUUAAAAUACUGUUUGCUGCGCAGUCCUAGGGUGAAUUCACUUGCAGCAAAUCAAUUCCAUUUAUCUGAAUGUGGUCGUGUCUGGAGUACCCCUUUUAUGGUACUUUCUGUACAUAAAGAUUUAUGUUCCUGUUAUAUUCACAGUUAAUAUGGAUUUAAUGUAACACUGCGCUUCCUGCCAGAGGGAUAUAUAGUAUUUAGAGAAUAUUUACAAUGGUAGUGGUUAGAGAUGAGCGAAUCCAAUCGGACAAAGUCAAAUUCAUUCCGAAUUUCAUGAAAAAAUAGUUUCGGACCGAAUCCGAACUUCGACUCGAUUCGAAAUAACGAAUUUCCUAGCGACACCCCUGCGAUCAUCCUGUAUAAUGUAUAGAUGCGAACGGCUUUCUCCUGCACUCACAUCUCUGCAAUAGAUAGGACGAUUGCAGCAGGUGUCAGGAGUGACACCUGCUGUGAUCUGUCCUCAAAUGCAGGUACUACUGCUCCCAACAUGGAGCACACUCUGCUCCAUGCUGGGAACUGUAGUACCUGCAUUAAUAGACAGAUCGCAGAGUCACUUCUGAUGCCUGAUGCGAUCGUCCUGUAUAAUGUAUAGAUGCGGCUGGCCGCUCUUCUCUGGUCCCACUGUAGGAUGAGUAUACGCCGUAUAUAUACCUAUUAUUCAUAUUUCCCGCAGAGAGCUGUGAUUGGCUGGAACCAUCUGGCCAAUCACAGCUCUUUGCAGAAAAUAUGAAUAAGUGAUAUGAAUUCUAUAAUAGACGCAUCGGAAAGCAGGGGUGAUACCUGCUGUGAUCUGUCUAUUAGUACAGGUACUACAGCUCCCAUCAUGGAACAGUCUGUUUCAUGCUGGGAGUAGUAGUACUACCUAAAAAAAAAAUAGAAGGAAAAAAACUCAAACACACACACAAUAUUAAAAUACAUUACUAAUAAAAAAAUAUUUUAAAUAAUUAUAAAAAAUAUAUUUUUACAUUUAAAUGGCCCCUUACUUCAUUUUUAUUAUUGUCGGCUACAUUUUUAUGUCCCUGCCCUGCCUGGCCACAUAAUUGCUCCCUGUUUAAAAAAUAAUUUUUUUUUUUUUUGUCUUUCAAUUUUCGGGAGCGGGCAGGGACCAGAAAAUUCAGCGUUCAAUAUUAAAAAUGGGGCUAAAAAAGUAAAGCGAAAAUAAAUAAAAAAAUUUAUGAUUUAGAACAAAAACUAGAAGAAAAAUUAUGAAAUGCACUCCUCAUUCAUUUUUAAGAUUGAGCGCUGAAUUUUCUGGUCCCUGCGCGCUCCCGAAUAUUGAAAGACGAAAAAAAGUUAAUUUUUAAACUGGGAUCAAUUUAUGUGGGUGGGCACGGACCUAAAAAUGUAGCAGACAAUAAUAAAAAAAUGUAGAAAGGGGCAUUUAAAUGUAAAAAUAUAUUUUUUAAUUUUUUAUUAAUGUAUUUUAAUAUUGUGUUUUAAUACGGGUGUGUGUAUGUGUUUCACUUUUUUCUUUUUUUACAUAUUUUUUUAGGUAGGUUGCUCGCAUCUCUGCACUAUACUCUGAUGGCCAGUGAUGUGAAUAGAAUUCCAAUCACUUAUUCAUAUUUCCUGCAGAGUGCUGUGAUUGGCCAGAUGGUUCCAGCCACUCACAGCUCUCUGCGGGAAAUAUGAACUAUAGGUAUAUAUACGGUAUAUACUCAUACUACAGUGGGACCAGUGAAGAGCAUCCGGCCGCCCGCAUCUAUACAUUAUACAGGACGAUCGCAUAGGGUGGCAGAAGUUACACUUGCUGCGAUCUAUUAAUGCAGGUACUACAGCUCCCAGCAUGGAGCAGAGUGUGCUACAUGUUGGGAGCAGUAGUACCUCCAGUUAAGGAAAGAUCACAGCAGGUAUCACUCCUGACACCUGAUGCGAUUGUCCUAUCUAGAUGCGAGAAAGCUGCCCACAUCUAUACAUUAUUCAGGACGAUCGCAGAGGGUGUCAGGAGUGACACCCGGGGCUAUCUGUCUAUUAGCAUAGGUACUAUUACUCCCAUCAUGGAUCAGUCUGUUCCACGUUGGGAAUAGUAGUACUACAUAAAAAAUGUAGAAAAAAAAUAGAGGGGAAAAAGUGAAACACACACUUUAUUAAAAACAUUAUUAAAAUACGAUUAUUCGGAUCUAAACGAUUUUUUAUUUUUUUUUCCUUCUGCCGAAUCAAAUUUUUGAAACAUUUGCUCAUCUCUAGUAGUGGUAGUGGUCUACUAGCAGCAGUAUAAAGCGCCCUCAUUUAGCUUCAUCUGAACAUUGCACAGUCUAGCUCAGUGUUUCCGAACUGGGGUGCCUCCAGCUGUUGCAAAACUGACUACCAGCAUGCUGGAAAUUGUAGUUUUGCAACAGCUGAAUGCACCCUGAUUGAGAAACACUGGUCUUGCUCUCCAAUUUAACAAGCUCAUACCUUGUAAGCUAACGUGAAGGAGUUGUAGAGACAGCUGAUCCCUUAUCAUUCUGCUGAAUGUUUGUGUAUUAACUAUAGGGAACAGACCUGUCUAAUUAUGGAGAUAAACAUGGUUCUUAUAGUUUUAUGAAGACCUGUAUUUAUUAUUUUCUUGUAUUUUCUUAAUCUGGAUCAGUGCAGCAGUACUUACUGGUUACGAUGACAAGUGUUAUUCCAGGGAAUGAAGGACUAUGUAAACAGGGAACAUAGAGAUUUGCCCCACCACCACCUAUCCACAUUGCCCUACUGCAUUACAGUAUUGAGUAUUUAUAUAAUUUGUGUAUAGCUGUCUACAGUGUUUAAACAAAAAUACCCUCAUUUAGAUAUGGAGAAAAUAUUAACGUCCUUGUUCACAUUCACCAUUGGGCAUCUCGUUCUAGAAUCCACUGUCUUGUAGUUUGCCACAUAGAAGCAGUAGGGGGCAUUAACCAGAAAUGUACAGGAGAGUAGACUGGGUGUGAAGGGGACUUUAGGGCCUUUUUAUACCAGUUAUCCUAAAAAAAAUAUUUAGAAAACAAAUGGUGCCAGAAAGUUAUGCAGAUUUGUAAAUUACGUCAAUUUAAAAAUCUUAAUCCUUCCAGUACCUAUCAGCUGCUUUAUACUGCAGAGGAAGUUGUGUAGUUAUUUCCAGUCUGACCACAAUGCUCCCUGCUGACAGGAACUGUCCAGAGCAGGAGAGGUUUGCUAUUGGGAUUUGCUCCUGCUGUGGACAGUUCCUGACAGGGACAGAGGUGUCAGCAGAGAGCACUGUGGUCAGACUGGAAAGAACUACACAACUUCCUCUGUAGUAAACAAGCUGAUAAGUACUGGAAGGAUUAAGAUGUUUAAAUAGAAGUCAUUAACAAUUCUGUAUGACUUUCUGGUGCUAGUUGAUUGACUUCCCCCCCCCCCCCCCCCUCUCCGGAGUACACUUUUUUUUAAAGGGUUAGUCCAGUGGUGAAAAACGUAUCCCCUAUCCUAAGCAGUCGGGCCCCCCGCAAUCUCCUGUACGGGGCACUGGCUUGCUGGCCAGAUAACGCGUAUUGACUGCUGCAGGUAGCUGUGUCAGCCGCCGCUUCGUGCGGUCGUCAACACGCCCCCUUCCCAUGAGCUGUCGGGGCCCCGUACAGGAGAUCGUGGGGGCCCCCAGCAGUCGGACCCCCCGCGAUCUGAAACUUAUCCCCUAUCCUUAGCAUAGGGGAUAAGAUUUUCACCACUGGACUACUCCUUUAAGGACCAUUUUACUGUCCUGGAUUGGUACUUAAAGGCAGCCAUGGCUGAAUAAGAUCUACAGUGAAUUGGACACCAUAAUAAGGCACAGUCCAUAGGUUUCAAUCUUGUUUUCAUUUUGUAGACUACCCUUUUAACAUCUGCCGAUCUAGCACCAGGUGGGAAGGCUUUUUUUUAAGGGAAACCUGAAGCAAGUGCCGUCAUUAGGGUGGUCCCUUCCCUGGCAGCGUCUCCUUGCCCCACCAGUCUUAAUAGUUUUCUUCUGAUACUCAAACAGGAAGAGAUCUAUCAAUCAGGACUGGUGUAAUGGGGAGAAGCUGCCAGGGACUACCCCAAUGACUUGUGGUUCGGGCAGCAUGAAAGUGAUGACAGGUUCCCUUUAUGAAAUUGAAUCAAACACUUGUAUCUAGAAAUACAUACAUCCAAUGUCUUAACAUUUCACUGUAUGUGAACAAUCUGUCAAUCCCAUCAGAAAAGUUACAGCAAUGAAAGUCAUGUUUAGGUUUUGAAUAAUUUUUUUUUUAGAAGCUGAUUCCAUUUAUUUUUUUAUUUUCCUUUUUUUAUUUUUCUUAUAUUAAAUGUUGUCUUCCAAAAACAACCAGUUUACCAUUCUUACAGUCUUCAUAGUGAAUGAACAACGUGACCAUUCUGAGCCAGUUAUGUAUUUUUUUUUUUGUAUAAUGUGAUUAGAUCUGCUCCGAUUUUGACUCGCUUAAAGCACGUUUAUUGUAACAAGGAUUGUUGUGUAUUAAUACUGUUUUGAAUAAAGAUUGACUUUUGUGUUGCUA